AUGUCAGAUGCAGACGAAGCCUGGGACCCCGUCAAACUCUACCGCAAGCUCCUCGCCGAAGCCGAAGACGAUUCCAUCACCAUCGCGUCGAUCGGCUUCCUCCAAAAUCUCUCAGCACUUCUCAACUCAACGGCCGAUUCCUACUCCGAACUCACCGGGCCCGAGCUCGUAGCGACGAAGGUGAAGGAGCUUGUGGUCAUGGGCGGCGACUACCCAAGCGGGUACGAGUUCAACUUCUGGUACGAUGACCCGUACGAAACUGCCCGCGUCAUACACAGCUGGAAUAGUCCCAUCGUCUACGUGGGCUUCGACCUCGGGAGCUCGAUCCGUUCAGGCGGCCCGCUGAUGGCGGAUGGCCCGAAGACGGACCCGGUGAGGGCGGCGUACAUCUUGUAUACUUAUUAUCAACCGAGGUGGUCAUUUGACCCGAUAGCAAUGCUGUACGCUAUCAAAGGCUUAGAUAAGUACUUCAAGUAUGGAAAUGAGUACGGCUACAACACCGUCAAGCUGGAAGGGGAGGCAGGUUGCAAUGGCUGCAAUGAGUGGGUUUUUGACGAGAACGUUACGAAUCAGCACUGGCUCAACACGACUAUCAGCCAUGAAGAGAUUGGGAACGAGCUAGAUGAGCUCUUCUUGAGAGGCGCGCGGUCUUCUCCGCGUAGCUCCGAUCCUAUCAAAUAA